UGCGUACUACUCGUGGUUGAAAGUGUAGAAUAGGUUAGGUUAUAGAAAAUUUCUUUUCUACGAGAGAAUUAGUGGUUUUAUAAAAUUUAUUAACGAUGGCAGAUUUUCGUGCGUGUGACGACAGAGGUAAGAAGCGAAAAAAGAAACGUUCUAAUAUGCAAAUGGCGAAAAAAUUUGCUCGUCGAAGAAAUCACGGAACGGAUCUUGACACGGAAACGUAUCAAUAUAUGGUUCGCAUUUUGGAAUUAAUGCGUGAAGAUUUUCCGAGCGUUGAAGAAAAAUUAAUGUUCAUUAAUAACGUGUAUGAACAAUCUGUUGGUCACGAGGUUGAAUAUUCCAAAAAUCAAGUUGGUUCGAGAGUCUUGGAAUCACUUUUGAAAUAUGCGAGUCUAGAAGCAAUUCAAAGGUUUACGGAUGCUCUCAGUUCUUCUAUGAGACCAAUAAGUAGCGACAGAUUUGCUAGUCAUGUUCUGGAGAAAAUAAUUGUAGUCUGUGCGGACAGAGGAAACAAAUCUAAAAGUAUAUUGGAAACACCAAAGUCGAAAGAAACUGAGAAUGUACAGGAUAUCGUUAUAGAUGUGAAAGAAUCCGAAGUGAAAUUAUACAAUGAUAUAGUUAUAAAAUUGAGUAAAUAUUUGAUAAAUAAUUUAGAAGAAUUUGUUUGGGACACGUAUGCUAAUCAUCUCUUAAGAACUGUAGUAGAGUGUCUUGGUGGAUUAAUAGAUACCAGCGAUGGACAGAAUAGAACGAAGCAAAUGUUACAUGUUAUAGAAAGGCGAGAGAUUAUACAGGAAUAUAAAGAUUUCUUAAUCGAUGCAUGCAACAGAUUAUAUAAUUGGCCACAGUUUCUUGAGUUUGGUAGAGAUGAAUUAACCUCAGGAUUGUUACAAAGUAUUUUAUAUUCCUUAAAAGAUAUAGAUAAGAAGUUAACAAAAUCUUUCAUCAAGAAGAUCACAAAGGAAUGCUUUAGUUCUAAAGAGGAUGGAAAAUUAUCUAAUAUUUUUGAUUGUGAAAGUUCUAUAAGACUUUUAGAGGCUUGUCUUGCAGUAGCAAAAUCCAAAUCCUUUGAUAAUAUUUAUGAAGAGUACUUCAAGGGUAACCUAAAAAAUUUAUGUACAACACAGGGUACUAUCUUUAGUAUACAAAAAUUGUUAGAUCAUUGUGAAUCUAAAGAAACUUUUGAACAAAUAUUUGAAGAAAUUGAAUCACUUUUCUCAGAUAUCUUACAAGCAAGUUAUACAGGAAUUUUAGUAAGUGUAGCUAAUGCAUCCAAGAGAUUGCAAACGAAACAGGGUGCAUACAUAACUAUGAUUAUUAAGAUGCUUGGAUGUGAUACAUCAGAAGAAAAACAAUAUCAAAUUAUAAAAUGUAUUUCUACAUUGAAGAAACAAAAUGAAUUGGAAUCUUUGAAGAAAGAAGAUCAAACUGAAUUGCCUGUCCACUUGCAUGGAAGUUUGAUCGUACAAGCUGUACUUAAUUUCAAUAAACCUAUAAAAAUCGUUAAUUCCUUAUUGGCCCUGAACAAUGAACAAUUAUUAAAUUUGAUAAGUAAUCCAAAAGGUAGUCAUAUUGUAGAUGCUUUUAUGGAUAGUAAAUAUAUUGGUGAAAAAAGCAGAGAGAAACUUGCUAAGAAAUUACAAGGGUGCUGGGUACAAUUGGCUCAAAGUACUCAUGGAUCUAGAUGUUUAGACAAAAUAUGGAUUUGGUCUCAUCAAAAGCAAAGAAUGUUUAUUAUGGAAGAAUUAGCAGCUGCUGGAGAAAUUUUACGUGCUAGUAAGUCAGGAAAAAUUAUAUUGAAUAAAUUGAAUGUACCUUUAUUUGUCAGAAAUAAGAAGGAUUGGACUGAAUCGCAAGGAAAAGAAGAAAAAAUGAAGGCUCUUUUCGCUGAUAUAAUAAAGAAGCCUAUUACGCAAAGCUAAUAUCCCAGAAAGAAUUUUGAUAAGAAGAUUGUAAAUGACUCAUUUUUUACAUAUAUUAUGUAUAUUAUAUAUGUAUGUAUAUAUAAUACACACACACACACGCGCGCGCGCACAUACAUACACAUUAAGGAAACGUUUAAUUAGACAAAUUAAUUCGCAUCUUCUUUUUUAUUGUGACAUAGAAUAAUUAUAUAUAUAUAAAUAUAUAUAUAUAAAUAUAUAUAUAUAUAUAUAUAUACACAUAUUUGACGUGUUAUUUCAUAAAUACAUUUCAUAAAAUUCAUCGUACGUUCCUGCAAUGCAAUGUGCCCAGAAGGAAUUACAAUAAAUCGUUAUCUAAGUUCGAGGAAAACUUUCUAAUUAUGUAUAAUCAAUAAAAUUGUCUCCUCGCAA